CGGGCGCUACCCGACACCACUGCCGGCCCGGGCGCUGAGGGUUUGGAAGAACCUUGUUCUCAGACAGUGAAUGAUCUGUACUUUUGAACAGAGUGCUACUUGAAGGAGUAAAAGGAAUUGAUACUUGUUGCUUUCUUCCAAUUCUUUUUUUUCAUACUUGAACUUAUUCCUUUCUCUGGGUUUUCAAUUGAGAAAGGCCAUGAGCUCAGGUCAACGCAAGCGCCGUGGAGGAGCAGUUAAUUCCAGGCAAGUUCGGAAGCGAAACAGGCUAAUGGCUUCUACAGCAGAAAUGGCUUCAGAAACAGAGCCAAUAGAGCUUGAAGAAAGUGCUGGUGAAGAAGUAGUAGACCUCACAUGUGAAUCUUCUGAUCCUGUAGUCGUUGAUCUCACUCACAAUGAUUCUGUUGUGAUUGUUGAAGAGAAUCAAGGACAAAGGAGAAAUCUGAGACUCAGAAGCCAGCGACAGUCAGACAGCUGUGUGUUAAGUAGCGAUGACGAAGAUGAAACAAGAGACAAUGAUGUGUAUGUGACACAUAAACUGUCUCGAGAAUUGGGACCACUGGAAGAUGAAACUGCAAGUUCAAAGCCGUCUGGUACUGUUAGCUGUCCAAUUUGCAUGGAUUUCUACUCAGAGAUUGUGCAAAGUGGACGACUGAUUGUGUCAACUAAAUGUGGCCAUGUCUUCUGCAGUCAAUGUCUCCGUGAUUCCCUGAGGAAUGCCAACUCUUGCCCAACCUGCAGGAAGAAACUCACUCACAGACAAUAUCAUCCCAUUUAUAUAUGAGUACUUCAUUUUCUCAGGACAGACUCCACUGGGAUGUUGAGGAAUAUGUCAUGGGUUCACAGUUCUGAAGAAUUAAAGAGCGGCAGGUUCUGCAAAUCCAAACUGUUUUUAUUUGCGAAUAACUUGUACAUGUAUAGACAGGUUUUUUUAUUGUCCAGGCUACAUCUUGUAAUGUCCCUGGUUAUAAUGUUAAAUUUAGGACUGGCUCUAAAUUAGACCAGUGGCCUAUAUCAGAAAGGAAGCAACUAAUGUGUUUCCUUCCACUUUUUGCGUAAGUAAGAGAGGUCUGAAUAUUUUGUUAUUUCUUCCUCUUAAAAUUAUUCCCACCCUCACAUAUAGCUGCGGAAGAGUUACCAUUCAAAACAGACAAGCAAUUUGCCAAAUCCUUAUGCUUUUGCUUUUAUCCUACCACAAGCUCGUCACUAUAUUGCUUUCUGCUAUUCCGUCCUUACCUGAGUAGAGGUCUCUGUUAAACAGACAACAAGGGUAAUGCAAUAGAAUCACCCCUGUUAACCAGCAGUCAGGUCUUUUAAGCAGAAGUCUUGAACACGUGGAUGUCCUUACAAACUCCAUGAGAUCUAACGUAUGUAGACAAAUUGCAGCAUGGGCAAUGUGAAAAUACUACUUGGAAUGUGUUCCUAUAGUGGAAUCACAAUGCUGAAUUUCUCUACUAAUGUGAUGAGGUGGUCCCCUGGGUUUUUGCUGUUAUAUAGCACUCUCUCCUGAUAACUGAGGAGAACAUAGACGUCUCUUGGCUUGCUAGUGACGCAUAAGAAUCAAGUUUGUCUGCUGCCCUCUUGUCAGCUAAAUCCCAAAGUACCCACAGAUCUUGUACCAUAUGAAGUGUCCCCAGCACAAUGCUUCAAGUUCAGUGCAAUUGCUUGACUGUUCUCUUUAGUUGUUACAGUGACACCUGAUGAUUUAGCCUUUAGAAAAGGACUCGGAGACAUGUACCUGGAGAGAGCGUUCUUCUCUUGAAGCAAGGCAGGAACACAGAGGUUUCUGCACUGUUAUCCAGACAGCUGGUCUUGCUUUUGUUCCCUACAGGGCUGAGUUAGAAAUGUCUUCUUCAAAUCUGUUAUAGGUAAAAGCUGCAGGCUGCGAUGUCGAAUCCCAGAAGAUCUGAUAUAAAGAGGAGCUGAUAGAAACAAAUCAUUCUAUGUAGGUGACAUGACUAAAAUUUGUACUCUAUGAUCCACAUGUGCAUCUAUGAAAGGCUCCAAAAUUAAGCUCAGGCCCCUUUUGGCAGCUGGUUGCGCCAGACAACCAGGAUUAGCACUGUUCUGCGCUCUGGACAGCACAGUUGUAGGAUGUGUUUUGGUAGCGUUGGUAUCUGAAGUGUCUUAGCUCACCUCUCUGAGGGAUCUGUGGGAAGCCUUCAAUGCAGACAGCUCUUCUAAUGAGGUGUCUCAAGUUGUGUUUUAAGACUGCAACUCAAAAGUAGAGUGUUUUGCUUUUUGAGGACCUUUAGAGAAGUUUCUGGAUGUAGUCAGGCAGAGCUUUUUUUCCAUGAUGGCUCGCUUAAGAACAGCAAUAUUUUCCCCCCCAACC